AUGAGCCGAUCAGACUUAGACGCUAUCUUACAAGAAUUAAUAAAUGAUACUAGCGAUACCAAAACAUCGGCUGGCAGCAAGAAUAAAAAAGUCAACUAUGAUCUUGAUGACGAUGAUGACGAUUGGGAUCGGACUCCUAGGGAUUCGAAAAAGCCAAUGUCAAAUAUUGCAACAGCACAAGCGAAUGAUUUUGACGAUCCAGGUCUCGACGGCGAUGAUAGAUGGAAUCAAACAGCCGGCUCAACUUUUUCCUACAUGCCGACUUUUGGCGGUACGGGCACAUUGACCAAUACAUUGCCUGGUCAAGAUACAAUACAACGUAUUGUAAGUCAACCUCGACCAGCAACAUCAAGUGGUUCUCGAAAAUUUGACGAUUUGUUUGGAAGUUCACCGCCGAAAUCUACUUUAACAGGCGAUACAGAUAAAAGCAAGAAAAUAGUUCGCUUUGACGAGUUUGAACUUGGACGACCAUCAACUGCUCCAGCGCCUACAAAUACUUCACAAAACCAAUCUGGUUCAGGAGUUAUAUCAGCCAUGCGUACUGGCCUCGAACCAAAUAAAUCAUUCAGUACGCUGUCUUCCAGUAAAACAGCAGCAGCGGCAACAUCAGCUGAACCGAACGAUCCGAACGCAUGGCUUGGCCUAAAAGAUGAAUCAACUGAAGGUGAACACGAUGACUUUCUAUCGCGCCCAAAACAGAAGGUAGAAUCAGUGGUUACUACUCUUGCAAAAAAGACACCGAUAGCGCCGAGUCAGACAAAACCACCAGCAGUUCCCGAACAACCAAAAAAAUGGAAUAUAGAAGAUUUUCUCGACAAUGAUAAAGAACAAUUGAAACAACCAAUUAUUGUUCCGCCAGCAACAUCUACGAAAACAUCUCCAAAUUCCUGGCUUCAAGAUCUAACAACAACAGAUAAACGUCCGACUCCAUUGAAUGCACCGAAAACUACAUCGCUCACAGAAGUUCAACCAGUUAAAUCAACCGCUCAGAAGUUGUUCGAUUCAGACAAUGACUUCAAAAAUGUUACUUUUAGAGACACUGAGAGAGAAUUACUUUUUACGAAUGAUCCAUCCGUUUCAGCUACAACUCGAUCGAAUCAAUCAACAGUAAACCUCGAUGUGAAAAAACUUCAAUACGAAAACAAUGAGCUUCGCAUGACAUUGGAUCAUGUCAAGCGACAAAACGAAGUUGAACGAGCGAUGCUCGAAGAAGGUUACAAGCAUCGCAUGGAAUAUAUCGAAAAGAGUUGUGAAAGACGAGAAUCACGACUAAAGGAAGAAAAUGAACAUUUACUUCGUCAAUUGAAUGACCGCACACAACAAUUCGAGAGCGAAAAAUCAACAUUAAUACUCGAUCAUCAACGGCGUUUAGAUGAUUUACAGCGAGAUCGAACAACUGAAUUAGAAAAUCUUCGAGCAUUACAAAGACAAACUGUCGAUCAUUUGCGUAGAGAACAUGAACAAACAAUUCAACGCUUGAAACAACUUAAACAAGAGGAAUUAGCGACCGCCCUGGAUGUCACAACUCAUACGAGAGCGUUUGAAUCUGUUGUCGAUCAUAUGGAACAAAAUGCGAAAAAUAUUGACGAACUUCGACUCAAACUCGAGGCAAAACAUAGUUCGGUACUAUCCGAAAAAGAAGUCGAAGCACGCACCAAGGAACAACAACUUAAAGCUUAUGAAGAACGUUUGCACAUGCAAUCAGCCGAUUUCGAACGUGAACGUAAAAAUUUACAAGAUCUCAUUGCUCGACUCGAAGUUCAUCUUUCUGAACAGACUAAACUUGUCGAAGAAGAACGAUGGAAAGCUCUACAGGCUCAAAAACGUAUGGAAGCAAUGCAAGAUGCUUUGAAUGGUGAGCAGCGUCUAUUCACGGAAAAGAUCGCUCGUGAACGUACUGAAAUUCAACGAGGCAAAGAUCAAUUGCUUGAGGAUCAAAAAGUUGCUCUUGCAAGUGUUUACGAAAGUCGAUCGCAAUUAGCUAGCGAACGUGCAAAAGUCGAAGCGUUGCAGAAAGCAUUUCAAGAGCAAAAACAUCGCGACAUGCUGCAGGCUGCUUCGAUCGAAGCUGAAGCUCGUGCUCAACAAAAAGUUGUUUCAGAACAAAUGGCACGUUUGGAAAAACGCGAACAAGAAAUCAUCAAACGCGAAGAAGCACUGAAUAUAGAACGGCGCUCGUUAGUUGAACUGAAACAACGUGUCGAGAUUGAACAAUCGGCUAUUAAAAAUGAACACGAAGAUGUUAAGCAGAAACUGCUCGAUAUUGAACAUGCGAACAAUGCGAUUCAUAAAGAAAAAGAACGCUUAUCUCAAUUGUACUUCGAGCUGCACGCUUUGGAUGGAAAAAAUACAGGUCGACUUCAGCAAUUACAACAGUCGAUUCAAACUCUUCGACAACAAGAAGAACAUAUGAGCGAACAAUAUUCCCGAAUGGCUGACGAUCGACAGAAUCGUACUCAUCUCCGUUCAAGUGUUACAUUUGGUUCACAAUCUCCGAUGAAAGAUACAGGUUUUUCCACUAUGCAACUCGUUUCAGCAACACCACUUUUAAAUACAACGAUAUCUGUUCAACAAUCAAUCGAAGAAAGUGCUGUUCUACGAUCAUUACGUAUGAAUGCACUCCAGGAUCAAUUAUAUAUUCAAGAUGAAAUGUCAUUUCUGAGUAGUUUACGCGCUGCAAAUCCUCUUUUACCACGUACUGGAACAAAAAGUAACAGCAAUCUGCAUCGACAUACGGAUCACAAUUUACUUAGGACCAAUCAUUAG